AUGGUGAAAAAAGAGAUCAAAACCGAAGACGAAUCCAUGGACACCUCGACUGUAGCUACAACUACAAUUGUGCCGGCCACAGACAAAGACGAGUACAACAACUUGGUCGCUUUGUGUAAUGAGAUUGCACAGCCAAUGGCUGGAAGAAAACUGACCAAGAAGAUCUACAAACUACUGAAGAGUGUGGGCAAGGACAAGAACACUGUAUUCGUGGGAUUGGCCAGCGUUUCCAAAGCUUUGAGGAAGGGAGAAAAGGGAAUCAUGGUUUUGGCUGGUGAGUUUUUUUGUGAAAUUGUUGUUGGUUUAGAUUUUUACGGGGGUUUUGUUUUGGGAAGUCAAGAAGUGUAGAUUUAUAUCAACGUUAUAUGGAGCAGGGAUUAUAUUUGGACUGUAAUUUUUUGACAUUUUCUUGUUUUUUAUUGAAGACUUGAACGAUAUACAUAAUAUACCAUCUUAUAGGAAACGUCUUUCCAAUUGACAUGUACUCGCACAUUCCCGGCAUCUGUGAAGAGAAGAACAUCCCAUACGUGUAUACACCAUCACGUGAACACCUUGGAUUGGCUAUGGGCUACAACCGACCUUGUAUUGUUGUUAUGAUCAAAGAUACCAAAGCCAGCUCGGAACAGGUCGCCGAACUGUCAGCAGCCUUCCAAGAACUCGACUCUCAAUUUUAA